CUUUGACUUUUAUAGUAUGGCAUCUCAAAUAGUUUAAAAAAUGGAAACAAGAAGAAUGAUUGGCAUGCGUCUCCAGCCAGCAAGACCUGCACGCCACCUUUCUUCCCACACCUCUGUUCCCCUAGUAUCAGCAACUGCUUUCAGUUUCCAGGGUCCAUUUUCAUGCAGCACUCCUAUAUGUUUACAUAAUGAAACUGACUGGAUGUGCAAACCUAAUGGAAUGCGAGUCUUAAAUGAAAUUCUGGUUCCUGGUCUGUUAGAGCAACAUAAGCCUGAAAUCCCCAAAGAAAGAAUAACAUAUAGCAGAGAUUUCCUUUUGAAGCUUUCAAGGGUUUCACUUGCCCAAAAGAAACCAGAAUUUCUUCCAGAUCAUCCUGUUGUACUUGAAAAAGCAAAAAACUACUUACUACCUACUGCAGGAGAUGAUAUGUCCUUCCAAAGAUGAGGAAUCUUCGUUGCCAUUGAAAAUUAAGGGAAUGUGAUCUCUAAUACCAAUAGACAGUAAUCUAAUUUAUCUCUUAAUAAUUGAUGUACCCAUCAGUUCAUGUCAGAAAUAAAGCUAUUAUCUGCACAGUUUAUGUGAAUAAUUUCAGAUUUUGUUUAAGCCAGUUCUUCUGAUCUUUCCAAUAUUGACAACCCUUUUCAAUUUGCCAUCAGCAGUGAUAAUGGACCAAUAAGCAUGCUCAUGUAUGUGUAUAUAUAUAUAUAUUUAUCUUGAUCACUUACUAGUGAAUGGUCUACUGAAUACAGUGUGAUUUACUUCUAAGUGAACAUGCAUAGGAUUGCUCUGUCAGUGAUCUAAUUUCCUGAAUAAUCUAUUGUAUGUUGUAACUGUAUACAGUUGUUCAAGCUUUUCCCCCCUAAACUGAAAGAUGGUAUACCUUCCACAGUUGACUGUUCAGCAGCCACACAAUCAAGCUUUGUCUGUGUAGUUUGUCUUCCUUCAGGUAUUGUGGUAAAUAAGUACAACUCCUUUAUGGUAUUGACAUCUUUGUUUUAAAUAUUUGUUCCUGCCUGUUCGUGAAGGGCUUGAAGCAGCCAUCAUAGAAGAAGAGGCUCAGAAAGGACAGUUGGCAUGGGGAAGCAGGUU